AUGGCCAGCGACUUGGCUCUACAACUUCGGCACGCAGACUUCAAGUGUAGCAAUGGAUGGUUCAGCAGUCUUAAAGAGCGCAAUAAUUUGACCUUCGUAGCAGUCUGUGGCGAGAGCGGCAGCGCGAACAAGAGGGUCAUCGACGCCUGGAAGGAACACACGUUGGCUCCAUUGCUUAGCGAGUACGGUACAGACGAUGUGUACAACCUUGACAAGGCAGUCCUUUUUUACAAGAUGCUGCAAACGUUUGCAGUGAAGGACACCGCGGUCAAGGGUCAAAAGCAGGGCAAGGAAAGAAUCAUUGUUCUGUUCGGUGCGAACAUGUGUGGCAAACACAAGCUGCCGCUACUUGUAGUUGGAAAGUGUGGGAAGCCUCGCUGCUUUAAAAAUGCACGGCUGCCGCCAAGAGAUGAGCUUAUCAUACCGGCACAGCAAGAAAGCUUGGGUCACAGGCGCAAUAUUUGA